UACGGUCCAGAUCAUAUCUAAGGUACUCAACAAUGAGUCGCCGCCGGUGACGCCCGUUAGAAUUGAAACUAAGAAAUUAGAGUUACCAUUCUUCUCGACAGAUUUUGAAUUUCAAAAUUUCCUCCAUCUCUUCAGGAUAUACUCUGUGUUUUUCGUUCUCCAUUUUUUGCGAGUUUUUUUGUUCUUUGCGAUGAAUUGAAGUCUGAAGAAUGUUGUUGUUUAAGAAACCAGUCCGGAAACAAACCGGAGGAUCCGUGCCGGUGUACCUCAAUGUGUACGAUCUGACCGCGAUUAAUGGCUACGCUUACUGGUUUGGCCUUGGUGUUUUCCAUUCAGGAGUUCAAGUUCACGGUGUGGAAUACGCAUUUGGAGCUCACGAGUACUCAACAACAGGAAUUUUUGAAGGAGUGCCGAAGCAAUGCCAUGGAUUUAGAUUUAGGAAGUCAGUUUUGAUAGGCAAAACAGAUAUGAAACCAUCAGAGGUGAGAGCAUUAAUGGAGGAACUUGCUCAAAUCUACAAAGGAAAUGCUUAUAAUCUAAUCACCAAAAACUGCAACCAUUUUUGCAACGACGCUUGUGUUAAACUCACAGAAAAUUCCAUCCCAAAUUGGGUUAAUCGCCUUGCUAGAAUUGGCUUUCUUUGCAAUUGUGUUCUACCAGUGACCUUCAAUUCCACCAGAAUCAGACACCACCACAGAAUUGAAGACAAAGUUGUAACCAUGGAAACAAAGAAGGAUUUAACAAGUCAAUCCACCAAAACUCCCAAUUCUAAUCCCUCUUCUUCUGCAACUUCUUCUCCUUCGUCGACGUUUCGUCGAGGAAGAAGCCGAACGAGACGAGCUCCUCCUCCAUCUUCUCCAUUGUUUUCUCAUUCUUCAUCUUCCUGAUAUAUGGACAUCACAGCUCCUAGAUAUGAAACAGUCACAGUUCUUAUCUUUUCCUUUAUGUCUUCUUCCUUGUGAUCUUGGAAUAUCACUCUCGAUCAGAAGCAUUCACUUGUAUGCUUUGGAUUCCCUUGAAAUGCUCUUUUUUCCCCUCUUCUUGUUCUUUUUCCCCCUCUUUUUCUUUUUGCAUCCAUCAUUUUGAAUACUCCAAAGGAACAAUUCCAAGUUGUAAAAGUUGAUAUUAUUGUGAACUUCAAAUCCCAAUUCAUAUUCUCAUAA